AAAGCGGCUGUUGUUGGGAGGCCACGUUCCCCCCUCAAUACCGGAAGGUGACAUUGGGGAACGGGCGGGCGGCUCGGCCGGUGGCGUCAUGCUCGGGGCUCUGGGCCGCACCGGCGGCGGCCUGGUCCGGGUGCUCCGCGCCAGAGACGUGAGGGGAGCGGCCGGGCUCCGCCGCGCGGGCGGCGGGGUGCACAUCGAGCCCCACUACCGGCAGUUCCCGGGGCUGACCCGCCGGCAGGUGAUCCACGGCGAGAUCCUCAGCGGCUUCAUGUGGUUCUGGAUCCUGUGGCACUUCUGGCACGACCCGGACGCGGUGCUGGGUCACUUUCCUUACCCAGAUGCUUCGAAAUGGACAGAUGAGGAAUUGGGGAUUCCUCCUGAUGAUGAAGAAUAGAUUGGUAGCUGGAGCUGUCAAUGUGUCUGGUGGUGGGAUCUCUGAAGAAGUUGAAGCUUUGGCUCUCGUAUAACUGUUUCAGCAAAUCCACAUUGUAAAUAAAAACUCAAGUUACAAACUUG